CAGCACGAGCUCCUCUAGCUCCGCUAGCUGGUCGCGUGGAGCUGAAACUCUCAGCGCGAGGAUCAGAUCAGAGCAGGAGGAGCUGCUGCUGAACUAACAGUUAGUUUAUUAACGAAAAGUUACAGAAAACUAUCAGUAAAACCAACCGAGCGAGGGUCGUUUACACCGUGACCGUCUACAGACUCUGAGGUAACUACUUGUUGGUAUAAAAACAGUCGAUCUGGGCGGAAAACAACAACAUUUAGCUCAACUGACUACUGGCUAGCACUGUUAGCUGGUUAGCUUCAGCUAGCUAACAGCUAGCAGUUAGCUUCAGAGGAGCUAACGGUUAGCAUUGAGGCUAGCUGGCUGUAGCAGAGAGGUCCAGCCCAAAAAAAAAAGUUGUUUACUCCAAAGUUGUGGAUGUGGUCUCCCUCCUGAAAGACUUUCUCUGUGGAUAAGAGAGCAAGGACCAAAUAUUCACACUGGAUUUAACACUGUUUGCUGUUAGGAAACUAGCAGGAUGUCUGCAGAGGUUGAGUGUAGUCAGGUCGGUUUGACAGCAGCGGCCAGCAGCUCUGGAGCAGCAGUGGAGGAGGAGAAGAACCAUCAAAACAAGUCUGAGGAGGCUCAAGAGAGAGAAGAGAAGCCGCAGAAAGGCUCUGAGCAGCAGCUAGAGGAUGCUGGUGGUGAUGGUGAUGGAUCCGAGCAGGACAAGCAGAAGAAAUGCAAAGAAAACGAUAAAGAAAACGAGCAAAGCAGCAACGCUUCUGAGUCUGCUGUCGAAGCGGUGAAGAGGAAAGUUGUGGAGGCUCCUCCGCCCAAAGUCAACCCAUGGACGAAGAGACCAACAGGCAGGGUGCCCAGCAACAACAUCAACAACACCCAGGAGAAAGAUCAACAAAACGCUCUGAAAGUCGUCCGUCCCAGCAAGCCCAGAACGAGAAAAUCCAGCAAGUCAAGUGACUUCAGCGAUAUCACAAACUGGCCCACACCUGGUGAACUGGCCAAAGAGCAGCAACAAAAUGUCCUCAACAACAACGGGAAGAAGCCUCCCUCCUCUUCCUCCUCCUCCACCUCUUCCUCACGCAAGGAGAAGGAGAAGAGGAGGGAUCGAACGGAGAGGAAGUCGGAGAGCAGCCAUGACGGCGGCGAGAGCAAAGAGAACCAGGAGGCUCAGCCGGACCCGCUGGGAGAGCUGCCCAAAGAUGGAGAGUCCAAGGAGGGACAGGACGCCAAGAGCGCCGGCCUGAAGAAGAGGGGAGGUGAAGGUAACAAACGUAAGUGGGUUUCUCUGCCGCUGGAGGAAGCGCCCCGGGACGACGACGGCGGUGACAAGACGGCCGACACAGAGCCCACCGGCGACUCAACCGACCCCGCGUCACCCAAUCACACACUCCAUAAUAACAGGGCGCAUGAUAGCAACAGGAGUUGGAGAAGAGAGCCGCGGGACUUUGGGGACGACACCGGCAGCGUCCGAAGUGACGGCGGUCGUGGAGGAAUACGAGGCCGAGGGAAAGGUCGUGGGCGCGGGAGAGGCCGCGGACGUGGCCGCUAUGAAUACUCUCAGAGCGUCCGUGACUCUCUGUCGUCUGACGGCUCCGUUCAGGUCACCUCAGAGUUCGGCAGCAACAUGGUUUACUACUACGAUGCCGGCAACAAGGUCCAGAUGUACACAGUGGAUGAAAAGCUUCUGAAAGAAUACGUCAAACGCCAAAUUGAAUACUACUUCAGCCUCCACAACCUGGAGCGAGACUUCUUCCUGAGGAGAAAGAUGGACGCGCAGGGUUUCCUCCCCAUCUCCCUUAUCGCCAGCUUCCAUAGAGUUCAGGCCCUCACCAUGGACGUCAGCCUCAUCAUCGAGGCCCUGAAGAACAGCAAAGAGGUGGAGCUGGUGGACAACAAGAUUCGCUGUAAAACCGAACCGGAGCGCUGGCCCAUCCCCACCCAGACCAUCGUGGGUUCUCCCCGCACCGACUUCUCCCAGCUCAUCAACUGUCCCGAGUUCGUUCCUCGACAGACCCUCAGCUCCAUAAACUCCGCUUCAUCGCCCGUGGAUAAGACUCCUCCUGAGUCUGCUGAGCCUCAGGACUCGGCUGAACCCAGCUCCUCCAGCGAGGAGUCCCUCCCAGCCAAAGAUGCCCCCCAGCCCGACCCCGACGCCUGGAUCCAGGUGGAGAAACGCCACCGACAGUCCACCGGAAAGCAUGUCGGUGAACAUGUGUGUUUUGCCGGCUCUUCUCCUCCCUCAGUGCUCCAACCCGACCUCCUCCCCUCUGCAGAGCGCAGUGAGGCCCCUCCACCCAGCCACCAGGCUCCUCCGCAGGCCGUGCCCGACCAGGAGGAGCUGGACUUCCUGUUCGACGCAGAGAUGGAGCAGAUGGCGCCGAGGAAGAACAAGUUCACCGACUGGUCAGACGAAGACGACUCGGACUACGAGAUGGACGACCAGGACGUCAACAAGAUCCUCAUCGUCACGCAGACCCCUCCUUACGUCCGCAAGCACCCCGGCGGCGACCGGACGGGCAACCACGAGUCCCGAGCCAAGCUCACCACCGACCUCGCCAAAGCCAUCAACGACGGGCUUUUCUACUACGAGACGGACCUGUGGAAGGGAGAGGAACAGAUCGAGUGCAGCAAGCAGGAAGUGGAGAGCUUCAAGAAGCUGAACGUCAUCAGUCAAGACGAGUUCAAAACUCUCACCCCCAAAGUGCCCGUUGAGCCGAACCAGGAAGUGCCAACUCCUCUCAUGCCAGUGGACAGCGGAGCAGAGAUGGCCCGCUCUCUGCCUACAACGGUCCCAGAGUCGCCCGCCGCUCACCAACCCCGAACCCCCAGAACGCCUCGCACCCCCGGACGCCAGGACCCCAACAAGACGCCGCGCUUUUACCCCGUCAUGAAGGAGAGUGGCACCAUCGAUGGACAGACGCCGAGGAAGAAGAAGACCCGCCACAGUUCGAACCCUCCGCAGGAAGCCCACAUCGGCUGGGUGAUGGACUCCCGUGAGCACCGGCCGCGCUCUUCAUCCAUCAGCAGCUCCAACGCCUCCCCAUCAGAAGGCGCUCCGCUGUCAGGAAGUUACGGCUGCACCCCCCAGUCUCUGCCCAAAUUCUGGCAUCCAUCCCACGAUGUGCUGAGAGACAACGGCUUCACUCAGCAGGGAUACCACAAGUACCUCCGACGGUGCCUUAGCGAGAGGAAACGGUUGGGGAUCGGCCAGUCUCAGGAGAUGAACACUCUGUUCAGGUUCUGGUCCUUCUUCCUGAGGGAUAACUUCAACAGGAAGAUGUACGAGGAGUUCAAACUGCGUGCGCUGGAAGACGCCAAUGAAAAAUACAGGUACGGACUGGAGUGUCUCUUCAGAUACUACAGUUACGGUCUGGAGAAGAGAUUCAGGAUGGAUCUGUUCAAGGACUUCCAAGAGGAGACCCUCAAGGACUUUGAGAGAGGUCAGCUGUAUGGACUGGAGAAGUUCUGGGCCUUCCUGAAAUACUCUAAGAUGAAGAAGCAGCCCAUCGACCCGAAGCUGCAGGAACACCUCUCCAAGUUCAAGAACCUGGAGGACUUCAGGGUGGUGCCCCCGAUGGGAGAGGAAGGAGGCAGGAGGAGACGCCACUCAUCCUCGGCCGGGGAUGAAGGGAGGCGUCGGCGACAUCCUUCCAACACUACCUCAAAGCCCACGCAGGCCUCCAAAUCCUCCACCGCCUCCACCUCCACCGCCGCCGCCGCCACACAGAACACACCCAAAGACAGCGCCCAGAAAAAAACAGCCGCCACCACCCAGGGGAAGAAGGCCGAACACGGAGCCGCCAAGAAGGAAAGUGCCGCCCCACAUAAAUGAAGCUCCCUCCUGUAGGUGUGGGUUUGGAUAGAAGAGAUGCAGAGCGAGGCGGCGGCUGCAGCAGCUCUGAGAUCAGCGGGCAAAACAGAGAGAGAGACUGAGCGUGGUUGACUUAAUUUGAUUGUUUUUAUCUGUGCAUUUCAUUUUAAAGCAAGCAAGCGUAGGCAGUGAGCUUGAAUCUGUGCGCCUGACAGCUCAUAACGUUUACAAAACAAAACAAAAAAAAAUGCAUUCCCUGCAUUUUGCCUUUUUAUUCUCUCGGAUGCCAAAAAACUCUUCAGCACGUUUUUUUGUUGAUCUCAAUCUGUAAAGAGCUCCCGGUCUGUACGGAGCUCCCGGCCUGUUCAACUGUGAUUUUAGUUUGCCAACAUGAGAGACGGAUAGUCUCGUGUGCCUUAAUCUGAUUCAGCAGGAAGACGUGACGGCGAUCGAUCGGAGACUAAAACAGUCCAAAUUUCACUUCUUAAAGUCUUCCCAGUUGAUUAUUUGGGGUUCGAACAUUUUUAAAAACUGACACCACUUACAGGUUUUUCUCUUUUCUUGAGACAUAAAUCUUUUUUUUUUACCAUGACAAUCAAUCAUGCAGUCAUAAAUUUGUGAAGGAGUGACCCUGAGGCUGCUGCUCAUUAACAGAUAAACUUAUCACAGCUGGUUUUUUAAUUAAAACCUGCAGAACAUAAUGAAAAAUUUAUGUGGGAAGCUUUACUUUUAAGUCCCGUUUUACACCCAGAGGUAGUAUAAUUUAUUGUUUUAUUCUUGUUUUUAUUUUUACUUUGAUUUGAUGGAAUAGUCUUAGGUAAUCAUUGCAGUUUUUAAUGGCUUUUGCUGUUGAAUAUUAUAUAAAUAUAUAUAAAAAAAAAAAAAGGAAAUGUUUCUGCUGGAAUUAUGGGUGUGAAGCUAGCAUCAUAAAACUACAGUAUAUUUUUAGCUUACUUCAUAUUAUGUUUGAGGCUUUGUGCUCUAGAGCACUUAAAUCAUUAACUUUCCUUUACUUCAUUGGAUGGACUUAGGAGGUUUUUAGAGUUGAAUUUAAAAAAAAAAAAAUGUAAAUACUAUAAAAAAUCAUUUGCUAUUCAAUUAUUCUUUUUUUUUUUUUGAUUUUAAGAAUUGAUUUUAUUGGUAGUGUGGUUUUGAGUGUGUUUUAGGAUAAAGCAAUGCAUGUUAAUGCCACAGUCUUGAAUUGUAAAAUGCAAAAAAAUAUAAAAUAACAGUUGAUUGUA